UUUUGUUAACGUUGAUAUCUUUAAUCAGAAAUGAGUAUAUGACGUAUAUCGAUUUGCAUAUAUAUAUCUAAGAAUACGCUUGUUUAACAUUGAUACGUAAAAAUUUAUAAUUGCUUAGUAGAAAUUCUUUUAUAUUUAUCAGUAUGCCUGCAUAUCAUUCAAGUUUUGUUGAAAGUAAUGGAAAUGUUGGUAAUAUGGCACUUUUGCCAAUUCGAACACAUUUUAGAGGUCCUGCACCUCCCUUCAAUAAUAAAGAUUUGGAUAUAAUUGAUGAAGCAUUGUAUUUCUUCAAAGCAAAUGUGUUCUUUAGAACGUAUGAAAUUAAGAGCGAAGCUGAUAGAGUUUUAAUUUAUAUUACAUUAUAUAUAACAGAAUGCUUGAAAAGAUUACAGAAAUGUGCAACUCAAGCUCAAGCUACAAAUGAAAUGUAUUCUCUUGCUAUUUCAAAAUUUGAUAUUCCUGGUGAUCCUGGUUUUCCUCUAAACUCUGUAUAUGCAAAACCAAGUAAUCCUGUAGAAGCAGAUACUAUGAGACAAUAUUUGCAACAAAUAAGACAAGAAACUGGUGUUAGACUUGUGGAAAAGGUAUAUGGUGAAGAUGGCAAACCAAGCAAGUGGUGGUUAUGUUUUGCAAAAAAAAAAUUUAUGGAUAAGUCAUUAUCUGGUCCUGGACAAUAAAAUAUAUUUUUUAAUUAUAACAUAGAAUAUGUAUAAUGAAUAAAUACAAAAGUUUAUUGCAG